UUCUGUUCGGUAGAUGAGACUGGGUUUCUUCCAAUUCUCCUCAGUUGUUUUGGGUUGUUCCACCUCUGCUGCUGCUGCUUCAAUAUCUAUCUUUUCUUCACUGGAUGAGACAGGGGUUUCUUCCACUGGGGCUUCUGACUUCUCAACUUCUGGGAGUUUCUGUUCGGUAGAUGAGACUGGGGUUUCUUCCACUGGGAUUUUGGAUUUUUCCACUUCUGGGAGUGUCUGUUCGGUAGAUGAGACCAGGGCUUCCUCAACAGCAGUUUCAGAUUUUUCAACUUUGAGUUUCUUUUCACAUUCCUUAGUGGGCUUUUUGACUCUUGUUCUUGUUUUGUUACCUCAGAUGCUGCCUUAUCUUCUUCUUUAUUUGAAUCCUCCCCAUCUUCAUUCUGUGCACAAAGCAGUUCAAAAUUCAAACACAAGAACAGAACAGAGUGCCAUUGAGAGAUUGAAAAAAGACAUCAAUCAUUCUACAAUUCUUCAUCAUUAAAUCAAUUGUACCAGAUUGAAUAAUUCUCAUGA